AUGAACGCUAUUGAAUUUAACUUUUAUCACCUUUCACCAGACGGGAUUUUCUAUCAAGUAAUUUGUAAGAUUAUUCAAGAAAAUUCUGUUUCCGCGAAUGAUUAUGAUUAUGAUCACGAAUUUUUUUAUCAAAGCUCAAAUGAUCCCACAUUAUAUUAUCAUGUUGGGUGUAAACACUUAUCACAUCAUGUAAUCGAACAUUUAUUAAAUUUGAGUGAAAUAGAGCUUGAAUCUUCACGUACAACAAUAUUAUCUUUACAACAAAAAUUAUGCCUCGAACAAAGUUUGAAGCUAAAACUUGAUACUCUCUUUUGGCUACAUCAUAGAAAUGUAGCAACAUAUGUUGCUUC